GAGCGCAGGAGAGAGUAGCGACCUGGCCGGUAGCAAGGAUGCAGGGUUUGGCGGUUCGGCUGCUGCGCAGCAGCGGGCUGCUAAGAAGAAAUUUCCCAACGUGCCUGUCUUCGUGGAAAAUUCCUCCUCAUGUCGUAAGAUCUUCCCAGUCGGAAGCUCUACUUGAUAUGACAAAUAACGGACUACCAUUUGCCCCGCUGCAAACAUUUACAGAUGAGCAAAUAACAAUAAAGAGCUCAGUUAAAAAAUUUGCACAAGAACAAAUUGCUCCUUUGGUUUCAACCAUGGAUGAAAAUUCGAAAAUGGAGAAGUCAAUAAUACAAGGAUUAUUUCAACAAGGGCUGAUGGGUAUUGAAAUUGACCCAAAAUAUGGAGGUACGGGAGCUUCGUUUUUUUCCGCUAUCCUAGUGAUAGAGGAAUUAGCCAAAGUCGAUGCAUCGGUGGCUCUCCUUUGUGACCUCCAGAACACAGUAAUUAACAAAAUGAUUACAGAACAUGGAACAGAAGAACAGAAGGCCACCUAUUUACCUGAGCUGGCUACAGAAAAAAUAGGAAGUUUCUGCCUUUCAGAGGCUGGAGCAGGUAGCGACUCAUUUUCUCUGAAGACAAGAGCCAAUAAAAAGGGAAACUAUUAUGUCAUCAAUGGGUCCAAGAUGUGGAUCAGCAGUGCUGCACAUGCAGAUCUGUUCCUGGUGAUGGCGAAUGUAGACCCUAGCAUUGGAUAUAAAGGAAUUACCUGCUUCUUAGUAGAUCGUGAUACUGCAGGCCUUCACGUAGGGAAAACGGAAAACAAACUGGGGAUCAGAGCUUCUUCCACGUGCCCGUUAACAUUUGAAGGUGUCAAGGUUCCAGAAACCAAUAUCUUGGGACAAAUUGGACAUGGCUACAAGUAUGCCAUAGGGGCCCUCAAUAAAGGUAGAAUAGGAAUAGCUGCGCAGAUGCUGGGACUGGCCCAAGGAUGUUUUGACUACACUAUUCCAUAUAUUAAAGAAAGAGCACAAUUUGGCAAAAGAGUAUUUGACUUUCAGGGGCUACAACACCAAGUGGCUCUCGUGGCCACCCAGCUGGAAGCUGCAAGAUUGCUAACAUACAACGCAGCUAGGCUUGUAGAAGCUGGAAGGCCAUUCAUAAAAGAAGCAUCUAUGGCCAAAUACUAUGCAUCAGAGAUUGCAGGGCUGACAACUAGUAAAUGUAUCGAGUGGAUGGGAGGAGUAGGUUUCAUCAAAGAUUACCCUGUGGAAAAAUACUUCCGAGAUGCAAAGAUUGGUGCAAUAUAUGAAGGAACUUCCAAUAUUCAGCUGAACACCAUUGCGAAGCUCAUCGAUAUGGAAUACUGACAUCCCUAGGAAUGCAACUUCUGGGUCGCUUGUUUAUGCCAGCAGCGAAG